GGCCUGUUAAGGGGAAGGGAGCUAGUGUCUGCGCUGCUGUCUUUGAAUCGCAAGUGCCGGCCGGAAUGUGUCUGCGCCGCGCUCCCAGCGGUGGGAUCGAGUCCCCGACUGUCGGUCGGUGGGGUCGGUCUGGGAAACUGCGGCCCUGCCCCCGCUCUCCACCCUGAUCCCACUCGGAUCCACCCAGACCCGUACCCCCCCCCCCCGCCCCCCACCGAUCUUAGACCCAUCGCGGGAGCCGAAUCCCUUGGGGGCGGUGAGGAGAGCCCGAAGGAGACCAGGCUGGGCCCCAGUGCCUGCUAAGAACGUGACCUUCGAAGUAGAAAUUGGGGUGGGGACUUAGAACCAGGUCACCUGGGAAAAGGCAGGGCUGGCGAGGAGGCGUCGGGGGUGAGGCCGGAGUCGGAUGGGGUGAAGACUCCCCACGGCGGCGGCAUCCUGGGGAGCCGCUGCUGACGAGAGGGGAGAGUCCCCUGGGCGUGGUGGGGAGCGGAUCCUCCCACCCGGCUGGAAACCUCUGCCAGUCGGGUGUGGAGGGGUGCCCUCAGCCCUCAGACAUCCCUGCCCCUGGUUGUGAUGCUUCUCUUCAGCUUUGCCACUUGGGCACCCCCACCCCUGAAAGCUCCCCAUAUCCCGUCCUCCUCCAUCUAAAAUGUGGGCUGGUUAUUCCGGGCCUCCCUCUCUAAUCUUUCUCCCAUCUCCUCUGGGUUCCAGCUUCCUCCCUCCUGCCCUCUUUAGAGAGAAGGAUGUGACUUGUAUUUCUCCCCAAUCCACGUGUGGCUUUUCGGGGAGGGGUGGGGAUGACUCGGUGCGAAGAGCAGCCUCCCCUGGCUUCCACACCCCACCACCUGGAGGGGAUACCAGGGCACAGAGAAGCACGGCAUGCAGCAGGGGCACAUCAGCAUUUGUUGAUGCUUAGGAUGAGGGGGACAGGAACAGGUGGUACCCGGAAGAGCACAGGGUGCCUCGGAAUCGGCUGUGGAGGGCUCUUCUACCUUCUGUAUGGGCUGCUUCAGCCGCUCAGUGUCGGGCCCGCUCACCAGGCUGCAGGACGGCCCUGGGAGCAGAACACAUCACUGUGUGCCAGGGUGGGGCACGAGCACCUCCGUCUGUCCUUGUAAGACCUGCAGUGAGAGUGUGUGUUAGGUGCCAGAGGGAGAGUGUCCGGGUGUGCAUGUGUGAGAGGCUGGGAACAGCUGGGUGUCCACGGCCUGACCCUGGACCUUUCCGAGGACCCCAUCCGAGAGCUCCAUGAGGGAUUCACUGCACCCUCUCCUGGCCCAGGACCAAGGGUCGGCCCAGAAGAAUGCCUGGCAGGGCUCUGGUUCCCGGCAGCCUCCCCCCCGACCCUGCCCACCGCAGGUGGGGUGACUGUGUGGGAUGCUUGGAGGCACAUCAGGUUUAGGGGCUGGAGGGUUACUCGAUCUGGGGCCCAGGCCACCCUCCAGCCUGGGUGUCCUCGGAGCUGGUAACCGGUAACCAGGAUGUAACCAGGAUCCCCCUGGGGAGCGAGCUGCUGCCCAACCCUCUUGCAACCGGAUGCUCUGCUCGGAUUAUCCCAUCCGGUUGCCUUGCCUGAAGGGCUGGGGGAGCCGGCUGCGGGCCCCUCUGCCUCCUGCCCCCCACGCUUGCUAGCCCAGGCACUCCUCCCUGAGGCUGGCUCUCGUUCCCCUGUCUGGGCUUCCUGGUUCUGGAUCCCAGGGACCCUAGGAGAGCAGGGUGGACCCAGCCAGGCACACAUGAUCACCCUCAGUAAGAAGUCAGACCGCACAGAGGGAAGGGCGCACGUCAUCCCUCUGUCCGCAAACAGUCCAAUCGCCCUGGAAACCCCAUUCCUUCUGCUGACUGACCCUCGUUUCUGGAGUGCUUGGUAGGAGAGGGGGCAGGAGAAGCAGGAAGGGGACAGGGGAGAGGAUCGUACACUCAGGAUUUGAGGGCUGGAAGGCCGUGGCCCUGUGACUCUUAACACUAUUGUGGGGUCACGGCCCCCCUUGAGAAUCUAAUAAAAGUUAUGAAACUGUCAUCAGAAAAACAUGCACACACACAAUUUCAAAGUAUUCGUGGAGCCCCUGUCCCACCUGUGAUUCCCUGGGAGGCCCCUGAGGUUUUUACUGGUAAGGAAAUCGAGUCCCAGAAAGAGAGUGUGGUUUGCCCCGUCCACGUUCAUUGGUGGUAGGGCCUGAGAGUGUGCACUCUCAGAGGCCCAGUAUGUCUGGCUGUGACCUGGGACACACGGACCCCCCCCAUCACUCACGCGCACGCGCGCACACACACACACACACACACACACACACACACCAGGAAGGGGUUUGUUUCCAGGGAGAACUGGCCUCUGAGGCGACUGUGUGAUGUGUAGGCAGGUCCAAUCUGGUUCUGGGCAGCUGGUGCUCCAGGGCAUGGGGCUGAGAUAAAGCCUCCCCAGUGCCACGGGCCUCACGCUCGCUGUCUCAGGCUGCCUUGGACACACUGACCCCAGGCUGCAGUAGCAGCAGUGUGGGGCUGGGGAGGCCAGCCCCGGCCUCAGCUCACCUGCCACAGCAUUGGCUCCCCAAAGCCUCACAGCCCCCAAAGGUGACCUGGGGGUCGCCAUGCUGCUCCCUGCCCUCCUCUCUGGGACGGCAUGGGCACUGGCUAAUGGGCAGUGGUGUAAGCGGACAGAGACCAUCCUGGUGGAGGAGGAAGUAACCCCCCGUCAGGAGGACCUGGUGCCCUGCACCAGCCUCCAUCAUUACCAGCGCCGGGGCUGGCGGCUGGACUUGACCUGGAGUGGCCGUGCGAGGCUGUGUCCCAUCUACAGGCCCCCGGAAACCAGGCCUGCUGCAUGGAACCAGACGGUGAGGGCUUGCUGCCCAGGCUGGGGGGGGGGGGGCACCCACUGCACCCUGGCCCUUGCCGAAGCCAGCCUUGAGGGCCACUGCUUUGCCACAUGGCUGUGCCAGCCGAGGGCAGGCUCAGCUAACGCUUCUGUGGGAAGCCUGGAGGCGUGCUGUGCCUGGUCUUGGGGACACAGCUGGCGGGAUGGCUGCUCCCAGCCCUGCCACAGCUGGUCCAGCCACAAACUCCCAGGUGGGUCCACAGACCCCAGCCUGCGGGAAAGGCACAGCCCCGGCCGUCACCUGGUCCCCCGAGGGGCAGCUGCAGCCCAGGAUGUGUGCCAUCAGCUGCUGGACGGUCCAUGCAGGGAAUGCCAUGCCCAGGUGCCCCCUGCUGAGUACCACGAGGCCUGCCCCUGUGCCUACUCUGCUGCGGCCCCGGCGGGCAGUGGGCGGGAGGAGCGGCUGGAGGCCGCGUGCCCCACCUUGGCCAGCUACGCCCAGGACUGCGCGCGGUGCAUCCACGUGCGCUGGAGGAAGCCCGGCUUCUGCGAGCGCCUGUGCCUGGGGGGCCGGCUGUGCUCAGACUGCGCCUCGGCCUGCCCGCCCAGCUGCUCGGCAGUGGGCGAGGGGGGCGAGGGGUCCUGCGGGGAAGGGUGCGUGAGCGGCUGCGAGUGCCCGCCCGGCCUCUUCUGGGACGGCGCCCUCUGUGUGCCUUCCGCCCGCUGGCCCUGCUACCACCGACGCCGGCGCUACGACCCCGGUGACACCGUGCGCCGGCUGCGCAGCCCGCGCGUUGGCCAGGAUGGCCUCUGGCUCUGCGCGCAGGCGCCGUGCCCCGCCGAGGGCGCGGUGGGCGGGGACGGGCAUUACCUCACCUUCAAUGGGCGGAGCUUCUCUUUCCGGGGCCAGGCGGGUCGCCGCUUCAGCCUAGUGCAGGACUUCGUAAAGAGGCAGCUACUGACUGUACUGGAGCACGGGGACUGCAACGCUGGGAGCUGCCUCCAUGCCAUCUCGGUCUCCCUGGGGGACACCCACGUCCAGCUCAGGGACUCAGGAGCAGUCCUGGUGGACGGGCAGGAUGUGGUCUUGCCCUGGAGCGGCACCGGGGCUAGCGUCUCCCGCGCCUCUUCCACUUUCCUGCUGCUGCGCUGGCCUGGGGCCCGCGUCCUCUGGGGAGCGUCUGACCCUGCAGCCUACAUCACCCUGGACCCCCGCCAUGCCCUCCAGGUGGCCUGGAACCAGCAGGAUGACUUCCUGACUCCUGCUGGCGACGUGGAGACCAGCAUUGCCGCCUUUGCUAGCAAGUUCCAAGUGGCAGGCGAGGGAAGGUGCCCCUCGGAGGACAGCGCCCCACUUUCCCGCCGCAGCACCCACACUCAGCGUCACAUUUUCGCGGGGGCAGCCUGUGCCAUCUUGCAUGGCCCCGUCUUCCAGGAGUGCCACGGGCUGGUGGGCAGGGAGCCGUUCCACCUGCGCUGCUUGACAGCUGCGUGUGGCUGCGCCCCCGGCGGGGACUGCCUGUGCCCCGUGCUCGCUGCCUAUGCUCGGCGCUGUGCCCGGGAGGGUGCCCUGCUCUCCUGGAGAGACCAGACCCUCUGCCCUGUCCUGUGUCCUGGUGGCCAGGAGUACCAGGAGUGUGCCCCAGUGUGUGGUUGGAACUGUGGGGAGACUGAAGGCUGUGGGGAGCUGGGCAGCUGUGUGGCCGGUUGUAAUUGCCCCCUGGGGCUGCUUUGACCUGAGGGCCAGUGUGUGCCCCCCGGCUCAUGCCCCUGCCAGCUUGGGGCCCAUCGCUAUGCCCCUGGCAGUGCUACCAUGAAGGACUGCAACCGCUGCAUCUGCCAGGAGAGGGGCCUAUGGAAUUGCACUGCUCAACGCUGCGCCCCACCGUGGGCAUUCUGCCCCCGUGGGCUCGUCUACGUCCCUGGUGCCUGCCUCCUCACCUGUGACAGCCCCAGUGCCAACGGCUCCUGCCCCCCAGGCAGUAUGGGGGGCUGUGUCUGUCCCCCAGGAACUGUGCUGCUGGAUGAGGGCUGCAUACCUCCCGAGCUCUGUCCCUGCUGUCACGGUGGGCAGUGGUCGCCCAACGCUGCAAUCCAGGAGGACUACAACAUUUGGGUGUGCCAGGGUCGGCAGUGGCGCUGCACGGGCCAGCGGUGCGAUGGACGGUGCCAGGCAUCAGGUGCCCCCCACUAUGUGAUAUUUGAUGGGCUGGCCCUCACUUUCCCCGGGGCCUGCGAAUAUCUGCUGGUGCGAGAGGCCAGCGGCCGUUUCACAGUCUCUGCCCAGGACCUGCCCUGCGGGGCCAGCGGCCUCACCUGCACCACGCUGACCGUGCGGCUGCAGAGCACCGUUGUGCACAUGCUGAGAGGCCAGGCAGUGACAGUGAAUGGGGUGAGUGUAAUGCCCCCCAAGGUCUACACAGGCUCUGGGCUGAGCGUGUGCCGUGCAGGCCUCUUCCUGCUUCUCACCACCUGCCUGGGUCUCACGCUGCUCUGGGAUGGAGGCACCCGGGUCCUGGUGCAGCUGUCCCCCGAGCUCCGCGGCCGGGUGGCUGGGCGGUGUGGAGACUUUGAUGGAGACGCAGCAAUGACCUUCGGAACCGCCAGGGAGUCCUGCCUGGAGCCCACGGCUGAACUGGCCACCCACUCCUGGUGCCUCAGUCCUCUCUGCCCAGAGCCAGGGGACCUGCCCCCCUGCGCCGUGAACGCCCACCGGGCCGGCUGGGCCCGCGCCCGCUGCGGGGUGAUGCUGCAGCCGCUCUUCGCCCGGUGCCAUGCGGAGGCCCCAGAGCAGCACUGCGAGUGGUGUGUGCAUGACACCCGCGGAUGUGAUUCAGGGGGCGACUGUCUCUGCUCGGCCAUCGCCACCUACGCAGACGAGUGUUCCCGGCCCGGGACCCACAUGCACUGGCGCAGCCAGGAGCUCUGCCCUCUGCAGUGUGAAGGGGGCCAGGGCUAUGAGGCCUGUGGCCCCGCGGCGCCCCCCACCUGCCAUGACCACGGUCCUGAGCCUGGGUGGCACUGCCAGGCCGUUGCCCGUGUGGAGGGCUGCUUCUGUCCUGAGGGGACUCUGCUGCACCGCGUGUAGGGAGUCUGCCUCGAGCCGGUUCCCUGCCCCUGCGAGUGGCGAGGCAGCUUCAUCCCCCCGGGCACCGUACUGCAGAGAGACUGUGGCAACUGCACGUGCCAGGAAAGUCAGUGGCUUUGUGGGGAUGACGGUAGCCACGGUGAGGAGCCGGUUCCUGGCGGUGCGGAGGGAGAGGCCCCAUGCCAGGAGAGUGGGCACUGUGUGCCCCACGGGUGGCUUUGUGACUACCAGGAUGACCGUGGCGAUGGCUCAGACGAGGAGGGCUGUGCCACCCCAGGCCGUGGGGAGGGGCAGAUGUCUUGCAGCUCCGGCCACUGCCUGCCCCUGGCCCUGAUCUGUGAUGGGCAGGACGACUGUGGAGACGGGACGGAUGAGCAGGGCUGCCCGUGCCCCCAGGACUCACUGGCCUGCGCUGACGGGCGCUGCCUGCCCCCCGCCGAUGGGCACCCUGACUUUCCAGACGCUGCUGACGAGGAGUCCUGUCGGGGGCAAGUGAACUGCACCCCUGGGGAGGUGUCGUGCGUCGAUGGUGCCUGCGUGGGGACCAUCCACCUGUGUGACGGAAUCUGCGACUGCCCAGAUGGAGCCGACGAGGGGCCUGGGCGCUGCCCGCUCCCCUCUCUGCCCACUCCCCCGGCUGGUACCUUGCCUGGCCCCUCCGCUGUCUCCAGGGAGACUGCACCUACACCCCAGGCGAGCGUCACGCCGCCCUGCGGCCCCGUCGACUUCGCGAGCGGCGGCAGCGGCGAGGGCGCCCCGCGGGGCUGGCGCUGCGACGGCGAGGAGGACUGCGCCGACGGCGGCGACGAGAGCGGCUGCGACCGGCCGUGCGCGCCGCACCUCCCGCCCUGCGCCCGCGGCCAGCUGUGCCUGAACCCUGAGCGGCUCUGCGAUGGGCUCCCCGACUGUCCGCAGGGCGAGGAUGAGCUGGGCUGUGGUAGAGGGCUGCCAGUCCCAGGAGGCCCCAACAGGACAGGGCUUCCCUGCCCAGGAUACUCCUACCCGGAUGGCCUCUGCCUCGGCUUCCAGCUGGUGAGGGUGGGGAGCGGGUGGUGCCCCCAAAGCCCUGACCCCAUUCCCUCCCCAGAUGUGCGAUGGGCAGCCUGUGCAUUGGCAGGGGAGGCAGGGCCCUCCCGGGAAGAGCAGCGCUGUGAGGCCUGGGGCCCCUGGAGCCCAUGGGCACCGUGCAGCCAGACGCGUGGGCCCGGGGUGCGGGGCUGCAGUCGCCGCUGCUCGCCGCCCAGUCUCCCGGUGCUGCGGCACUGCCCGGGCCCCGAGUACCAGACUCAGGCCUGCUUCACAGCCGCCUGCCCGAGGGACGGUGAAUGGACCUCCUGGUGUCCCUGGUCCCCGUGCUCUGAGCCAUGCAGGGGCACCAGGACCCGGCAGCGGCAGCGCCACGCACCCCAAGGCGGCUAGACCUGUGCCAUGCUGCCUGGGGACGCUCCCAGCACCCGCCAGACCAGACCCUGCCCUCAGGACGGCUGCCCCAGUGUCACCUGCUCCGGGGAGCUGGUGUUCCAUCCCUGUGCCCCUUGCCCUUUGACCUGUGAUGACGUCUCUGGUCAGGCCGAGUGCCCCCCUGACCGGCCCUGCAGCAGCCCAGGCUGCUGGCGCCCCACAGGGCAGGUGCUGGGUGACGAGGGGCGCUCUGUGUGGCCGCGGCAGCGCCCCUGCCUGGUGGACGGCACCCGCUACUGGGCGGGGUAGCGCAUCGAGACCGACUGCCGGCUCCGCAUCUGCCAAGAUGGACGGCCCAACCCAGACUGUGCCGUGAACUGUGGCUGGUCAUCCUGGUCCCCCUGGGCCGAGUGCCUGGGCCCCUGUGAGAGCCGGAGCAUUCAGUGGUCCUUCCAGAGCGCCAACAGUGCCCGCCUCGCUGGCCGAGGUCGUCAGUGCCGGGGCAUCCACCGCAAGGGGCGGCCCUCCCUCCCCAGGUGCGAGACGAGGCCCCGUGAGGGCUGUGAGCCGCGCCGGGUCCGCCGAGUGGGGGAUCGCUGGCGGGAGGGCCCCUGCGGGGUCUGCGAGUGUCUGCACGACAGCACGUCACGCUGCUCCCCCUGCUGCCCGCUGGGCAGCUGCCCCCAGGACUGGGUUCUGGUGGAGGGAGUGGGAGAGUCAUGUUGCCACUGUGUCCUGCCCGGAGAGAACCACACGGUCCGCCACAUGGCCCCUCCAGCCCCAAGCCCCCAGAUCGGGGCCCCUCUGAUCACCCACGUUCUGCCUCCCCCCGGAGAUCCCUGCUGUUCUCCCCUGGGCCUGGCCCGACUCCCCGAGGGGAGCCUGCAUGCUUCGGCCCAGCAGCUGGGGCGCCGCACCUGGGCUGCCAUCCUAAGGCCUCCCACGGGGGCACCUGGACAGCAGGGCUGGAGCCCCGUAGAGGAUGCUUAUGCUCAGUGGCACACCCAGCCCCCCUACUUGCAGCUGGACCUGCUACGGCCCCGGAACCUCACUGGCAUCAUGGUGCAGGGGGCUGGGUCCUCAGACUUGCUCCAGUUCAGCAAUGGUGGUCUACACUGGCACAACUAUCGUGACGUCCUGCCUGGUAUUCAGCCUCCACCCAAGCUUUUUCCCGGGAACCGGUAUGACGUGGCCCCUGCAGUGUGGACGUUUGGCUGGAUGGUGCAGGCGCGGUACAUCCGGGUGUGGCCCCUCGAUGUGUACCUCGGUGCUGCCCCCCACGGGGAGGCCAACCAUGGCAUCCCCCUGCCGGCGGAGCUGCUGGGCUGUGAGCCAGUGCCCCCGUGCCCAGGGGUUGGGCACCGCUGUGCCAGUGGCGAGUGUGCCCUGAGGGGGGCCCCGUGCGCUGGUGUGGAAGGCUGCAAGGCCGGCUCCGAUGAGGAGGGCUGUCUGCCCCCGCCCGCAGGCACUGGCAGAGUCCCGUCCACAGCCUGGACCCCGGCCCUCUCCUCCACCAAGCCUGGACAGCUGCCCCCCCACAAGCCCAGGGAGGGGCUGGCAGAGGCAGGGGCUGAACGCUGGCGUCCCCAGCAGGGAUCACCCGUGCCCCGCACAGGCAAGGGGCCAGUGAGUCCUGCGUCCACAUCUCGCCCAAGCCUUGGGGAAACUGUGCAGACCGAGACCACUACCCCUACCUCCCUGCCGAGGCCAGAAAUGGCAGCCGUGACGGUGCUCCCGCCACACCCGAUGACGCCUGUGGCUCCUGCUGGACAGAGCAUUGCCCCGGGGCCCUUCCCGCCCGUGCGGUGCAGCCCAGGCCAGGCGCCCCGUGAGCUGCUGGGCUGUGUGAAGCUGGAACAGCUGUGUGAUGCGGAAGAGGACUGUCUGGACGGCUCCGAUGAGAGGUCCUGCGCAUGGGCAGCGAGCACUGUGCCCUUCCCGGUGCCCACCACGACCCUGCCUGGGCUGCCGGCCUCGAGAGGUCUCUGCUCGCAGAGUCAGCUGAGCUGCGGCAGCGGGGAGUGUCUGCCAGCCGAGCGGCGCUGUGACCUGCAGCCCGACUGCCAGGACGGCUCGGACGAGGAUGGCUGUGUGGGCUGUGGGCUGGCGCCCGGGUCUGGCUGGAGCAGCUGCAGCCGGAGCUGUGGCCUGGGCCUCGCCUUCCAGCGCCGGGAGCUGCUGCGGCCUCCCCUGCCUGGGGGCAGCUGCCUGCCCAGGCCUUGUCUGAAGCCCCAGCCCUGCCCUCUUCCUGCCUGCGCAGUGGCCGGGGCGUGGGCCGUGUGGGACGCCUGGGGGCCCUGCAGCGUCUCUGGUGGGGGAGGCCAUCGGAGUCGCUGGAGGAGCUGUGUGGACCCCCUGCCCGAGGAUGGUGGUGCCCCCUGCCCCGGGGCCUCCCAAGAGAGGGCACCCUGCGGCUUGCAGCCCUGCAUAGGUGGCACAGAGGCGCUGGGCUGGACACCCUGGGGUCCCCGGUCCGCCUGCUCCCAGAGCUCCCUCGUCCCUGGAGGGGGCCCAGGCUGGCACAGCCGUUCCUGGCUCUGCCCCAACCCUGGGGACACGUCCUGCCCAGGAGAGGCCACCCAGGAGGAGCCCUGCAGCCCCGCUGUGUGCCCAGGUUCCCCCGCCCCUCCACCUCCCUGCCCUUCCCGCCUGCCCCUGCUGAGACCCGCUCUGUCUUCCCGUCCAGCCCAGUGCCCAGGCGACACGGUGUUCCGCUCAGCUGAGCAGUGCCACCAGGAGGGGGGCCCACGCCCUCGGCUGUGCCUGGCGCAGGGCCCUGGGGUGGAGUGCACCAGCGUCUGCACCCCUGGCUGCGCCUGUCCCCUUGCCCUCUUCCUGCACGGCGCCAGCUGCCUGCCCGUGAGUCAGUGCCCCUGCCAGCUGCGCGGGCAGCUCUAUGCACCUGGAGCAGUGGCCCGGCUGGACUCCUGCAAUAACUGCACCUGUAUCUCUGGUGUGAUGUUGUGCACCUCGGAGCCCUGCCCAGUCGCCUGUGGCUGGAGCCCCUGGACCCUGUGGAGUCUCUGCAGCCACAGCUGCAACGUGGGUGUUCGGCGGCGCUUCCGGGCAGGCACUGUGCCCCCGGCUGCCUUUGGGGGGACUGCGUGCCAGGGUCCCAACGUGGAGGCUGAACUCUGCAGCCUGCGGCCGUGUGGAUUUCCCGGUGGGGAGUGGGGCCCCUGGUCUCCGUGCUCCGUGCCCUGCGGGGGUGGCUACCGGAAUCGCACCCGAGGGAGUGGCGGGCCCAGCCCCGUGGACUUCUCCACCUGUAGCCUGCAGCCCUGUGCAGGGCCAGUGCCUGGUGCGUGUCCCCCGGCGAAGCAGCGGCUGGACUGUGCACAGGGCCCUGCUUCCUGUGCAGAGCUCAGUGCCCCGAGAGGGACUGACCAGCCCUGCCCUGGCUGCUGCUGCCCUUCUGGUGAGCUGUCCCUGAACAACGUGUGUGUGCCUACCCAGGACUGCCCCUCUGCCCACGGGGGACAUCUCCACCCCCCAGGCAGUGCUGUGAUUUGUCCAUGUGAGAACUGCUCCUGUGACUCUGGGCUCAUCACCAACUGCACCUCCUGGCCUUGUGAGGAGGGUCAGCCCACGUGGUCACCCUGGACCCCAUGGAGCGAGUGCUCGGCCUCCUGUGGCCCUGCCCGACGCCACCAGCACCGCUUCUGCACCAGACCCCCGGGCGUUACACCAUCCAGCUUGGCACUGCUGCCCCCACUGGCUUCAGCCCCACCCCUUUGCCCAGGCCCUGAGGCAGAGGAGGAGCCCUGCCUCCUGCUGGGGUGUGACCAUGUCCCGUGGAGCCCAGGUCCAAGCCCUCGCCACUCCUGUGUGGGCGGCCUCCGGAGCCGGACCCCACCCCGGGGUCUGGGGGAUUACUGCGAGGGGCCUCCGGCCCAGGGGGCCGCCUGCCAGGCUCUGCCAUGCCCAGUGACCAACUGCACCGCCAUCCAAGGGGCCGAGUACAGCCCCUGUGGCCCUCCCUGUCCUCGCUCCUGUGACGACCUCGUGCCCUGCGUUUGGCACUGCCAGCCAGGCGGUUACUGCCCGCCGGGCCAGGUGCUGAGUGCCGACGGCGCUGUCUGCGUGCAGCCCAGCCGCUGCAGCUGCCUGGACCUGCUGACCCGGGAGCGGCACCGUCCCGGCGCUCAACUGGCGAGGCCCGAUGGCUGCAACUACUGCGCCUGCUCGGAGGGCAGGCUGACCUGUAACCUGCCUUGCCCAGUGCCUGGAGACUGGUGCCCGUGGUGGGAGAGGACGGCGUGCUCCCAGCCCUGCCGGGGCCAGACGAGGACCCGCUCCAGGGCCUGCACCUGCCCGGCUCCUCAGCUUGGAGGGGUCCCGUGCCCCGGGGAGGCGGGGGAGGCAGGGGCCCAGCAUCAGAGGGAGACCUGCGCCAGCCCCCCUGAGUGCCCAGUGGAUGGAGCCUGGGGCCCGUGGUGACCAUGGUCUCCCUGUGACGUUUGCCUGGGGCAGUCCCAUUGGAGCCGAGCAUGUAGCUGGCCCCCCACUUCUGAGGGAGGCUGGCCCUGCCCUGGGGGCCACAGGCAGAGUCGCCCCUGCCAGGACAAUUCUACUCAAUGCACAGACUGUGCAGGUGGCUAGGGUCUUCUCCCCUGUGGGCGGCCCUGCCCCCGCUCCUGCCAGGACCUGUCCCCCGGGGUCGUGUGCCAGCCAGGCUCGACAGGCUGCCAGCCCAGCUGUGGGUGCCCCCCUGGCCAGCUGUCCCAGCACGGCCUUUGUGUGUCCCCAGCCCAAUGCCGCUGCCAGUACCAGCCCGGAGCCAUGGGGAUCCCUGAGAACCAGAGCCGGUCCGCAGGGUCUGGGCUCAGCUCCUGGGAGAGCCUGGAGCCCGGGGAGGUGGCGACUGGACCAAUGAACAACUGCACCUGCGUGGCGGGCAUCCUGCAGUGCUGGGAGGUGCCCGACUGCCCUGGGCCCAGGCUGCGGGGCUCCUGGGGUCCCUGGAAGGAUGGCAGUGUUUCGUGUGGAGGAGGGGAGCAGCUGUGCUCCCGGCGCUGCGCCUGGCCGCCCUGCCCCAGGCCCGCCGUCCAGAGCCGCAUCUGCUGCACCCAGGUCUGCAGAGAGGCAGGCUGCCUGGCCGGGCGUCUGUACCAGGAGUGCCAGCCCGGCGAGGGCUGCCCCUUCUCCUGCACCCACAUCACUCGGCAGGUGGGCUGCUUCUCCGCUGGCUUUGAGGAGGGGGCUGGCUUCGAGGAGGGCCGUCACUGCCCCGAGGGCACCUUCCUGCACCGUUUGGCCUGUGUCCAGGAGUGCUCCUGUGUGCUGACUGCCUCACUGCUGCAGGAGCUGGGAGCUGCCGGUGCUGCCCCGGGGGCUCACCUGUCCAUUCUGGGAGAGGGGGGUCAGCCCCUUGGGCCUGGAGAUGAGUUGGGCUCAGGUCAGACCCUCCAUACAGGCUGCAGCAACUGCUCCUGUGCGCACGGGAAGCUGUCCUGCUCCGUGGGUGGCUGCUCCAAGGCUGGGGUUGGCUUCGGUCCCCGGGGCCCAUGGGGCCCUUUCCGCUCCUGUGGCGGGCUGGGCACCCGCACCUGCAACUGCCACUGUGCACGCCCCACACCCACUCCCCGUGGCCAGGACUGCCGUGGGCCCCGCCAGGACCUCGAGUACUGCCUCAGCCCGGACUGCCCAGGGGCUGCAGGGUCCAUGGUGGAACCAGUGACAGGCCUUCCAGCCCUGCUCCUAGGAGGCCAGGAGCCCAGGGCUGCCUCAUCAGGAGACCCCUCUCCCCCUCGAAGGCGGCUGGGGUCUGUGGUCCCCGUGGUCCCCCUGCUCCAGCAGCUGCACAGACCCCGCUCACCCUGCUUGGGGCAGCCGCACCCGCCUCUGCCUGGCGAACGGCACCGGGGGGCCUCUUCCCAGGAGCGCCCCUGCAACCUGCCCUCCUGCACAGAGUGCCCCCCCGGAGAAAUGUGGCAGCAGGUGGCCCCCGGGGAGCUGGGGCCCUGUGAGCAGACGUGCCGGGAGCCCAACGCCACGGAGACUCAGGGCAACUGCAGUGCGGGGCAGGCCCCAGGCUGUGUGUGCCGGCGCGGGCACUUCCGCAGCCAGGAGGGCCCCUGCGUGCCUGCAGACCACUGCGAGUGCUGGCACCACGGGCGUCCCCACCCGCCCGGAUCCGAGUGGCAGGAGGCCUGUGAGAGCUGCCGCUGCAUCAGCAGGAGGAGCGCCUGCACCCAGCACUGCCCGCUGCUCACCUGUGCCCAGGGCGAGGUGGCCGUGCAGGAGCCAGGGAGCUGCUGUCCCACUUGCCGCCAGGAGACUCCGGAGGAGCAGCCCUCCUGCUGGUACCUCACCGAGCUUCACAACCUCACCAAGGGCCCCUGCUACCUGGACCAGGUGGAAGUGAGCUACUGCGGUGGGCACUGCCCGUCCCGCACCAACGUCCUGCCCGAGGAGCCGUACCUGCAAAGGCAGCGCGCCUGCUGUAGCUACCGCCUGGACCCCGAGAACCCGGUGCGGAUCUAGAACCUGCGCUGUCCCGGCGGCCACACAGAGCCGGUGGUGCUGCCGGUCACCCGCAGCUGCCAGGGCAGCGCCUGCCUGGAGGUUCCUGGGGCUGCCAGAUCCUGAGUCUUUUGAGG